AUAGCAGGGAACAUUGGUUUGAACAGCAUGGUGAAGCUAAGUCAAGCUGCAGUAGAAUCUUCAGAUGACGAGGCUUCUUCUGUUGUUAGCAGAGAAGAAGGCCUAGAGUGUCCAAUAUGCUGGGAAUCCUUCAACAUUGUGGAAAAUGUGCCUUAUGUUUUAUGGUGUGGCCAUACCCUGUGUAAGAAUUGCAUCCUGGGGCUGCAAUGGGCUGUUGUUAAGUUUCCAACAUUACCUAUUCAGCUUCCUCUCUUCAUUUCAUGUCCAUGGUGCAACCUCUUAUCCUUUCGUCUAGUGUAUAGAGGCAACUUGAAGUAUCCUCGCAAGAAUUACAUUUUACUUUGGAUGGUUGAAAGCAAGAAUGAUGAUGGACAUAAGUGUCAGAAUACCCGCUACGAAGAUCAUCAACCCAUUUUGUCACGGGACAACAAUUUGUCCCCAGGGAAUCAGUCAAGUCGUAGUAACAUGAGGAGGCGGCAUACUCCGGAGCCAUUAGGAGUACACCUGGAUCAAAAUAAUGACAAUGAUUUAGUCAAUUUAGGAGGAAUUCACUCUUCUCUUCAGAAGUCACUGGUUUUUUUUGUUCAUCUUACAGCCAAGUUUCCCUUGGUCAUUCUACUCCUUUUGAUCAUCUUAUAUGUUAUACCUGCCACUGCAGCCAUUUUAGCCCUGUACAUUCUUAUCACAGUUCUGUUUGCCCUUCCAUCAUUUCUAAUAUUGUACUUUUCUUAUCCUAGUUUGGAUUGGCUUGUAAGGGAAAUCAUUGCAUGAUGUGUAAUGGCUUUUCACCUAGAAACACUAGUCCUCUAUUUAUCAGAUGCCAUGGACUCCUUAAUUUGUCGAACUCCCAGUUUUAAAGCUGCUUCAACUUGUCGACUUCCAAGUAGCUCUGUUGUGCCCUCUUUGUACGGUUUUGUGUUGGGAACACAUCAGCUCCUGUAGAGUUUUACUGGUGGGAUUGCAGAUGUGUAUUUCUUCUGGAGUGACCAAUAGAAGCCCGGAAAAUGGACAUGUCACCUGCCGAUUUGCAACGUUGUUGGAAGUAAACAAGAAGUUCAUUGUGUGAAGAAGAACUUGAUUUCUUUGUUCUUUGUAGACGUCUUUUUUUUGUAUAAUCGUUGUAUUUUUCUUGAUGGUCUCAAAAACAAUUGCUAUUGCUAUACAUUAAUGAAUCUUCAUUCUUCAAAACUUCUUCCAAUCAAAUAUAUUUUCUCGAUUAGCUA